CGGCGAGUGAAGGCGCUGCCGGCGCCGGCCGUCCGGUGAGUGAAGGCGCUGCCGGCGAGUGAAGGCGCUGCCGGCGCCGGCCGUCCGGUGAGUGAAGGCGCUGCCGGCGAGUGAAGGCGCUGCCGGCGCCGGCCGUCCGACAGCAACUGAAGAUGCCAGCUGAGAGAAAGCCAAUGCGAUAUGCACACCCUGAGGGAUACACUGGUGUUUGUUUUGAUGAAACGGGAAGAUAUAUUGUAACCGGUGGUAGUGAUGGUGAUGUUAGAAUAUGGGAAAGUUUAGAUGAUGAUGACCCCAAAUCAAUCAAUGUUGGUGAUAAAGUUUACUCACUGGCUCUCCGGAAUGGAAUGCUUGUUACCAGUGUUUCUAACAACAUUGUUCAAGUAAAUUCUUUCCCUGAGGGUUCACCAGAAGGAAUUUUAACCCGCUUCACUGCUGAAGCAAACCAUGUUGUCUUCAAUAACAAUGCAACUAGUGUUGCUGCUGGAUCCAGUGAUUUUAUGGUAAAGAUCAUUGAGAUUAAGGACAAUAGUCAACAGAAGACAAUUCGAGGUCAUGAUGGCCCUAUUCUCAGUGUUGCUUUUGAUCCAAAGGAUGUGUUUCUGGCUUCCUCCAGCUGUGAUGGAUCAGUUUGUGUUUGGAAAAUUGCUGAUCAGACACUUGUGUCAAGUUGGUCACUGCUAACCAAGUUCAAUGAGGUGAACCGUGCUACGUCCAUCUGUAGACUUGAGUGGCAACCAAAGACUGGAAAGUUCUUGGCUGUUCCAGUAGAAAAUGCUGUAAAACUGUAUGAAAGAAAAUCCUGGGAAAAUGUUGCCAAUCUUUCAGACGACAGCAUUACGAUGCCCUUAAGUGUUGUAUCAUGGUCUCCAUGUGGUGAUUAUGUGGCUGCUGGGAGUAUUGAUGGAUCUAUGGCAGUAUGGAAUGUACAGACCAAAAAAUGUGUAGAAAGGCUGCGGCAUGAGAAGGCUCAUCGAAUAUGUGCAAUGGCAUGGCACCCUUUAAAAGGAAAUAUAGCAUAUACCGAUUCUGAAGGAAAUUUGGGGAUGUUUGAAGGGAUUUUGGCAGAUGUUGGUAGUAAAGGAUUGGCUUCACAUUCUUCUGCUACUACGCUGGAUGAUUUGUUUGAUGAAGAAAGUGAUAUUGGAUCUCCCACCCAUCUGGAUAAAGUGGCUGAUGAUGAUGAUGAUGACCACGCUAGUAUUCCACGAGCAGCACCGAUUUCUGUUGGAUACUCUGGACCAUUGCCAACACCAAAGCAAAAGCCUUUUCAGCCUUGUUCCACACCCUCUCACCUCUCACAUCGGUUCAUGGUGUGGAAUUCCAUUGGUAUUAUUCGCUGCUACAGUGAUGAUCAAGAUAAUGCCAUAGAUGUAGAAUUCCAUGAUACCUCUCUACAUCAUGCAAUUCAUUUGAGUAAUGUUCUUAAUCACACCAUGGCUGAUUUAUCGCAUGAAGCAGUGCUGUUGGCCUGUGCAAAAUCUGAUGAACAUCCCAGCACACUGCAGUGUAUUCACUUCAACUCCAGGGACACAAAUAAAGAAUGGAUGGUUGAUCUGGCAGACAAUGAAAACAUUGAAGCUAUUUGUCUGGGUCAAGGUUGGGCUGCUGUUUCGACAAGUGCUCUAAUUGUUCGUAUAUUCAGCAUCGGUGGUAUCCAAAAGGAGCUCUUCAGUCUAAUGGGGCCUGUGGUCUCCAUGUCAGGACAUGGGGAGCAACUGAUGAUCUCUUAUCACCAAGGCACUGGAUUUGAUGGCGAUCAAUGUCUUGGGGUGCAACUGAUGGAACUAGGGAAAAGAAAGACACAGGUUCUCCAUGGUGUUCCCCUACCUCUCAGCAGAAAGUCAUAUCUGGCGUGGCAGGGCUUCUCUGCUGAAGGAACCCCAGUAUUUGCAGAUUCAGAUGGGAUAGUGCGAAUGUUGAACAGAUCUCUAGGGAACACCUGGAUUCCUGUUUCUAACACUCGGGACCAUUGCAAAGGCAAAUCUGAUUAUUACUGGGUGAUUGGUAUCCAUGAAAACCCUCAACAGCUCAGAUGUAUUCCAUGCAAAGGAGCUAAGUUUCCACCAACACUUCCUCGUCCCACUGUAACAGUCCUACCACUGAAACUUCCUUAUUGUCAGACUAGUUCAGAAAAAGGACAAUUGGAGGAGCAGUACUGGCGAUCUGUUCUAUUUCAUAACCAUUUUGACUAUUUGGCAGCAAAUGGCUAUGAAUUUGAUCAAGCUGCAGAAAACCAAGCACUGAAGGAACAGCAGGAACUGCUCAUGAAAAUGUUUGCUUUAUCUUGCAAGGUUGAUCGUGAAUUCCGUUGUGAAGAGCUUUCAGAGUUUAUGACCCAGAAUGUCUUAAAUCUGGCUAUCAAGUAUGCCUCACGUUCAAAACGUCUAACGCUUGCCCAGCGCCUUAGUGAUCUGGCACAGGAAAAAGCUGCAACAUUGAAUGCUAUACAAGUGGAAGAUAUGGAACUAAAUACUGGUUACAGUAGAUCAGUUACUGGAUGGAAUUCACUUCAUUUGCAACCUCCAGCUCAAAACUGGAUUCAAAAUACAGGAGGAGGAAAUGAGGAAGGUGCACAGAAUGAUGCAGAAGAAGAUGGUAGCUGUGGAUUGGAUCCUGAGGAAAGACUCCAUGCAAAGAGAAGAUUAAAUCCGUUUGGUAAAGAUCUUGACUCGAUGGAAAAAAUCACUCCAAAAUCUGUAGCUCUUACAAGCAAUAUCCUUGCACGUGGCAAUCCCUUUAAGGUGACAUCUGGUGGCAUAACCAAUGGACUACCUGGAACUCCAACUCGUAACAGUAGCAUUCUAGAUAGCAUGGUGAAAACUAGUAAGAGAUCAACAAGCAACAGUCAAUCUGUAAAUAAGGAAAAAUCGCCAGUCCUGAAGCCUCUGAUAUCAAAGUUAAAGGCGAAACAGACCCAAGCUACACUCUUCCAAUCAACCACCCCCAAGUCCAGCAGUACAAUUGUGGAAGAUAAACAUAUUGAGGCUAAGCCUGUACAAACAGUUAUCCCAGACAGUAAGGUUACAGACAACAAAAAGCCAAAGAAGACAGGUUUCCAACUCUGGUUAGACGAAAGCCGAGAUGAUAUUAUUGCUGAGAGUCCAGAUUUGACCGAAGAAGAAAUAAUUAAGGAAGGCAUGAACAGAUUCCGCAUUCUGUCAGCUGAGGAAAGAAAGUCCUGGACAGAGAGAGCGAAAAGUGCUACCAAUAAUAUACCUGAUACAGAAGUUAAAAAACGCAAACGUACAGAAGAGCUGGGUGCAGAUGAGCUAGAAGACAAAAAGGAAAAUUCUGAAGAAUCUGAAGCUUCAGCCAAAAAGAAGAAACCAGAACACUUAUCUGUGAAUUCAAGACUGUCUGCCUUUGCUUUCAAAAAGGACUAACAAUGAUGUAAAUUGUUUGAACAUGAUCUGAACAUAAUAAUAGAACCUUAUUUUUAAGUUGCACUUAUUUAACAGUUUGAACAAAACUUUAAUUCUAAAUGUUCUUGAAAUUGAACUGUUGCAUCGGGGAGAUUUAUUAUCUCUUAAGUUCACACUUAGCAACACACAUUGUGUUCAGUUCCUCCCUUGUGGCAGGUUCUGCUAUUCAGGCAAAUGAUGUUCUACUCAAAAACAGGCAGUUUUUAACGGGAUGUAAAGUAGCUGGUUUGUCUGCAAAUGAGGAGAACCUGUGGUUAUUGAUCUGAAAUGGUGUACAAUAGCAAAAAUGAGGGAGUGAAAGGUCAUAACUAUGAAUGAAUCAAAUUAACUUUCACUGCCACUACUUUCUUUUUGUACAUUUUCUUUGAAUAUCAUGGCGUUAGAAAUAUUUUUAUUUAGUAGAAUUUGUUGUGAGCAACAUUGUGGUAAAUGUUAGAUAUUGCAUUGCUCCAAAUUGCUAAAUUUUAUUUGAAUAAUACUUUUAAUAAAUUGUUAGGCUUGCUUGGAACAUGUUACUAUUCUGUCCAGUUGGCUCUAAUUACUCAUUGUAUGGUAAAACUCGUUCAUCUUGCAUGUUCAGGACUUUGGUGAGUCUACAGGGUGUGACUGAGAAAACUGAGCCACCCAGAAGCUGUAACUGGAGAAUAUAAAACCCUUUAUUCAGACAGCAAAUCAACUGGAGAGAGAGACUCUCGCUCCCCUCACACAAUGUUUUAUACUUUAUGAACACACAGACAACAAUAAAUGAUUAACAACAGUUUCAAUUGCUAUAAUCACCAACUUAACUUUAACAUUUUGAAUGUAGACAGGCAACUGUGCAGAAUUACAUAUUUACAAUGUGAGCAAAUCCUAACCAGCAGAACCCCUCUGAAUAUUCAAAUACUAGAAGCUGGUCCAAGAGCUUCUAAGCAUAAACUCCACACACACAAAAUAUACCUCUUGUUACAGUUUUGAGGGAUGGCUCCCUGAAUACACAACUAGCCAGAAUAUUAAGUGACAAAACAGACCUGUCCUGAACUGUGCAUUAAGUGGCAAUUAUAUGCCUUUAAUGAUGUGUUAAUACAGAAGUUGGUCACUUAAUGCUGACCUUGAUCUCAUCUUGAAGUUUUCAGUGAGCACUAAUUAACAUGAGCAUUCAUCUGUUGUGUUCUCCCGCAUAGUUUCAAUGGGACCGAAUCAGAAUGUCCCACACGCAAUAACUGGUUUCAAUAGUCUUAAAGCAUCAGUUGAAGUUAAAUUGUGAAUAGGUUUUAUUUCCCAAAGACUGGUUCUGCAGUCUCUUGUGUUGUCAUUUUAAUUAAUAUCUGCUAUUCAUAAUUUCAUAACUCCAGAAUAGUCCCCAACAGGGAGUUUGGGAACCUGGACCCUACAAGUGGAAGGGGAAUGUGGGAAAUAUUCUCUAGUGAGUCAGAUGCCAAACCAUUGGGAUUUGCUGUUUUAUAUUCUCCAAGGUGUUGGAUUUUGCUUGGAUUCAAGUUUUCACUUUUUUAUGAAGACAAAAGAAACUGUAGAUGCUGUAAUCUGGAACAAAAAGAAACAGAGCGCUGGAAGAACUUGGCAGGUCAAGCUGCAUCUGUGGAGGCAAAAGGUGUAAGUCAAAGUUCCCAUUGAAUUUUCCAAGCCAUCUUGCCCCAGCUCCUUCAGAAAUACAAUUUGUUUCAUUUAUUCCUAGCUCUGUACUCUUUUGCAAAUUGAACCAUUCCUUAUCAUCCUUGUUUAUAGAUUGGGCUACUCUUUGAAUGGUACCCUUAAUACCAAUUGUCUAGAAUUCUGUCCCUUGUUUCAGCAAGAAUUUCAGGCCCCUCCUUUGUUCUCUCAGUCCCUUAGUUAUUGCUCUGGCUCUACUCAUUUUAGGGGUCAUUUUUUGUUCAUGUGCUCCUGGUAGAUUUAAUGUACUUGUUCUGUCCCAGGUUUUUUUUAAAAAAGGCGCAGUCCCAUUGUCUAAGUUAAUUUCCACAUUCUGCAACUUUUAAGCACUUCUUUGCAGUUUGCUUUACU